AUGGCGGUAACAUCGAGAUGUGGGGAAGAGCAACAGCAAUUGCUGGAAGGAAUCGUAACAUAUUGCGAUGAUCGUUUAGCACGGGUAUGGAUUGAUUUCGCGUAUCGAUCAAGACAUUUCAAUCUUGGUGAUUGGUUAUUGGUGUCACUAACAAUCGAUGAAGUUCAUAAGACUCUAUUUCUCAUGUUUAGAAUUUCACGAGAUCAGCAAUGGAAUGAGCAGGAAAGUGAUACUUAUUGAAUUCCACGAGAUCAGCAAUGGAAUGAGGAGGAAAGUGAUACUUAUUGGUUUGUCCCAUCUAAUCAAGUUCCUAAGCUUCUUCCAAACGGUGAAUAUCCGAUGAAUGAUACGCAACUGAUAGGUCCUCUAACAGGUGUAGUGGUUAGUAAAACCAGAAAAUCCGCAUUUGUUUGGACACCAUCCCUCGGAGAGGGAAUUUGUGAAAAUGAUGGGAAUUUGGUGAUUGGAGAAUGGAUUGAAUUCACGGCCAA